CGGCCGCCCCGGGAGGGGAGUCGGUGGAGGCGGCGGGAGCUGGGCGGCGGGGCGCGGGCCAUGCCGAGGAAGAAGCCCUUCAGCGUGAAGCAGAAGAAGAAGCAGCUGCAGGACAAGCGGGAGCGGAAGCGAGGCCUGCAAGAUGGGCUGCGGUCCAGCUCCAACAGCCGCAGCGGCAGCCGGGAGCGGCGCGAGGAGCAGACCGACACUUCGGACGGCGAGUCCGUGACCCAGCAGAUCCGUAGGCUCAACCAGCAGCCUCCCCAGGGGCUGGGCCCGCGAGGCUUUGACCCAAAUCGAUACCGACUGCAUUUUGAACGGGACAGCCGGGAGGAGGUGGAGAAGAGAAAGAGAGCGGCCCGGGAGCAAGUGCUACAGCCCGUCAGCGCCGAAAUGCUGGAGCUGGACAUCCAGGAGGUCUACCAGCCCGGUUCCGUGCUGGACUUCCCCCGGCGCCCCCCUUGGCGCUAUGAGAUGUCCAAGGAGCAGCUAAUGAGCCAGGAGGAACGGAGCUUCCAGGAGUACCUUGGGAAGAUUCAUGGGGCUUACACCUCAGAGAAGCUCAGCUACUUUGAGCACAAUCUGGAGACGUGGAGGCAGCUGUGGCGAGUGUUGGAGAUGUCUGACAUCGUCCUGCUCAUCACCGAUGUCCGGCAUCCAGUUGUGAAUUUCCCGCCAGCACUGUACGAGUAUGUGACUGGAGAGCUUGGGCUGGCCCUGGUGCUGGUGCUGAACAAGGUGGAUCUGGCCCCGCCGGCUCUCGUGGUUGCCUGGAAGCAUUAUUUCCACCAGCACUUUCCCCAGCUCCACAUCGUCCUUUUCACCUCUUUCCCUCGGGACCCUCGCAUCCCACAGGACCAUAGUGGCGUGCUGAAGAGGAGUCGGAGGCGGGGGCGAGGAUGGGCUCGGGCCCUGGGGCCGGAGCAGCUGCUGAGAGCCUGUGAGGCCAUCACUGCGGGGAAAGUGGACUUGAGCAGCUGGCGGGAAAAGAUUGCCCGCGACGUGGCUGGGGCCGCCUGGGGCAGUGCCUCGGGGGAAGAUGAGGAAGAGGAUGACGGGCCCGCGGUCCUGGUGGAGCAGCAGACCGACUCGGCCAUGGAGCCAGCCGGCCCCGCCCAAGAGCGCUACAAGGACGGCGUGGUGACCAUCGGCUGUGUGGGGUUCCCCAACGUGGGAAAGUCCUCACUGAUCAACGGGCUGGUGGGGCGGAAGGUCGUGAGCGUCUCCAGAACCCCGGGCCACACGCGAUACUUUCAGACCUACUUUCUGACUCCCUCCGUGAAGCUCUGUGACUGCCCGGGCCUCAUCUUCCCCUCCCUUCUGCCCAGGCAGCUGCAGGUUCUGGCAGGGAUCUACCCCAUCGCCCAGAUCCAGGAGCCCUACACUGCUGUGGGCUAUCUGGCCGCCCGGGUCCCCGUGCAGGCCCUGCUCCACCUGCGCCACCCGGAGGCCGAGGACCCCGUGGCCGAGCACCCCUGGUGUGCCUGGGACAUCUGUGAAGCCUGGGCAGAGAAACGUGGCUACAAGACAGCUAAGGCGGCGCGGAACGAUGUGUACAGAGCGGCCAACAGUCUCCUGAGGCUGGCGCUGGACGGCCGCCUCAGCCUGUGCUUCCACCCGCCGGGCUACCUGGACCAGAAAGGCACCUGGGAGUCCCAUCCAGAGACUACGGAGCUGGUGGUUUUGCAGGGUAGGGUGGGGCCAGCCGGUGAUGAGGAAGAGGAGGAGGAGGAAGAAGAGCUGAGCAGCUCCUGUGAAGAGGAGGGAGAGGAGGACCGAGAUGCGGAUGAGGAGGGGGAAGGGGAUGAGGACACCCCAACCUCAGUUCCAGGGUCCAGCCUGGCCUCUCGAAACCCUUACACCAUGCUGGGUGAGGACGAGUGCUGAGCAGGCGCUCUCCCUCCCAGUGUCUGCUUUUGGACUGACCGGGGUGUCCCCUCUGCCACCCCAGCUGUGAAUAAAGAUUGUCUGCUUUGUA